CUCGUCCGAAAAGCAUGGGUUAGAGUAGCACAGGGGGUGGGGGUACUGUUAGAAACCCUCAGUGCUGCCUGUUGCCCAGACUCCAUUGAAGCAGCAGCAUGUCGUGGCUCUUCGGAUGGGGGAAAAAGUCCGGGUCUUCCCCGCCGAUGGAGGAGCAGUCGGCGGGUGCUCCUGCUGAAGGUGGCGGGGGAGCAGCUGGAGGCUCCGGGGGAGACAAACCAGGGGAUAAGUGGAGUAACUUUGACCCCACUGGGCUGGAGAGAGCUGCAAAGGCUGCAAGGGAGCUCGACAAAUCACGAAAUGCCAAGGAAGCGCUGGGGCUGGCUCGCAUGCAGGAGCAGACUGUACAGCUGGAGCAUCAGAGUAAAGUGAAAGAAUAUGAAGCAGCUUUGGAGCAGCUGAAGGGCGAGCAGAUCCACCUCCAGGGCGAGGAGAGACGGAAAACACUUGGAGAGGAGACAAAACAACACCAGGCGAGGGCACAGUAUCAAGACAAACUUGCCAGACAGAGAUAUGACGAUCAGCUCAGACAACAGCAAUUCCUCACUGAGGAGAACCUUCGCAAACAAGAGGAGUCUGUGAUGAAACAAGAGGCCAUGAGAAAAGCUACCAUCGAGCAUGAGAUGGACCUGAGACACAAGAACGACCUGCUUCGCGUCGAAGCCGAGGCCAAAGCCCGAGCCCAGGUGGAGCGGGAAAACGCAGACCUGAUCAGGGAACAGAUCCGCCUGAAAGCUGCUGAACACAGACAAACUGUCCUUGAAUCUAUAAAGACGGCCGGGGCGGUGUUUGGGGAGGGAUUCAGAGGCUUCGUCUCUGACUGGGACAAACUCACAGCCACGGUUGCUGGUUUGACACUCUUAGCUGCAGGAGUUUAUUCUGCCAGGAAUGCCACAGCGGUGGCCGGGCGCUACCUCGAGGCUCGUCUGGGCAAACCCUCUCUGGUCCGAGAAACCUCCAGGAUAACUGUGGUAGAGGCCAUGAAGCAUCCAAUCAAGACAACCAGGCGUCUGAGAAGCAAACCGCAGGAUGCCUUAGAGGGCGUCGUGCUCAGUGCACCUUUGGAGGAGCGUGUACGGGACAUUUCCAUCGCUACUCGUAACACGAGGCAGAACAAAGGCUUGUACAGAAACAUCCUGAUGUACGGGCCUCCUGGAACUGGAAAGACACUCUUUGCUAAGAAACUGGCUCUUCAUUCAGGGAUGGACUUUGCCAUCAUGACAGGUGGGGACGUGGCACCCAUGGGGCGCGAUGGAGUCACUGCCAUGCACAAGGUGUUUGACUGGGCCAGCAGCAGCCGCCGAGGCGUCUUGCUGUUCGUGGAUGAAGCUGAUGCCUUCCUGCGUAAGCGAGCCACUGAGAAAAUCAGUGAGGACCUUCGAGCCACCCUCAAUGCAUUCCUGUACCGCACUGGGGAGCAGAGCAACAAGUUCAUGCUGGUGCUCGCUAGUAACCAGCCGGAGCAGUUUGACUGGGCCAUCAACGACCGCAUUGACGAGAUUGUGAACUUUGCGUUACCGGGUCUGGAGGAGAGGGAGAGACUGGUGCGCCUGUAUUUCGACAAAUUUGUUCUGGGUCCUGCCACUACAGGGAGACAGAGAUUAAAGCUGGCUCAGUUCGAUUAUGGCCUGAAGUGUUCGGACAUCGCAGCGCGAGCACAGGGCAUGUCUGGUCGUGAAAUCUCUAAACUCGGCGUGGCCUGGCAGGCUGCCGCUUACUCCUCUGAAGAUGGAGUUUUGACCGAAGCCAUGAUUGAUGCAAGAGUUGACGAUGCCAUCGUGCAGCAUGCACAGAAAAUGGACUGGCUGCUGAUGGAAGCAGGUGAAGGGGUCGGCAAGUUCGGUGUCAUCAUCCCCAAGGAGACGGCUGCAGGAGUUGCAGCCAAGGAGGCCGCUUUGACCGCACAACCCGAAGAUGCAGCUCCGACUAUACAGCAGGUUCUCCCGAUCAUAGAGGCUGUGAGCAGUGCUGCACAGGCAGAGGCAGCGGCUGUACCUACAGAGGUAGAGGCAGAAGGUAUCCUUAAAGAGGCAGCCACUUUGGUUAAAGAGAGUGAAGCUGUAGGGACAGUCGAAGCCGUUGCUGAGACGGCAGCUGCUGUCCCUCUGGUGCAAGAGGUUGAGGCCAUAAAGGACCUGACUGAGGAGGUUCAAAGCACAGCUGCUGUUCCUGAGCUGAAGGAUGUAGUCACAGAGGUCGCAGAGGCUGAGGUCGUACAGGCUUCCACUGUCCAAGAAGCUGCUGCUGUGGGUAAAGAAGAACCAGCAGCUGAGGUAGCUGCACAAGAGAGCGGGGCCACAGAGGCAGUCAAGGAUGCAGAAAAACUGGAGACUGAGCUAGACGCUGUUCUCUCCAAAGAGGUCCUGGAGCCAGAAGCUGCAGUAGCUGGACUCGCUCAGGAGUCUGUGGUUCAGGAAAUCGAAUCAGCAGCUAAGACAGCUGAGGGUGUAGAAGCUGAAGCUCCUGUGUCUGCCACAGAAGCCGGAGCUGAUGCUGCAAAGGUUGUAGAGGAAAUCGCAACCAAUGUAGCUGAAGUAACCGAGUCCGUGGCAAACAUAGCAAAGGAGGCUGAAGUUAUUGCAGCUGAUGUCGCCAAAGUGGCUGAAGCUGUGGCAACUGUCACUGGAGAGAUUGAGGCAGCAGUCGUCAAGGAAGUGGAAGCAGUGGAAGGUGAGGCUGCAAAGGAAGCAGGUGAGGUAGCAGCUGAAACAUCUGAAGUUGUCAAAGAGGCUGAAACAACAGUGACAGAGGUGAUCACAGAGUCUGAGGUCAUAGCUGCAGAGGUUGUUAAAGAGGUGGAAAGUGUAACAUCUGCUGCAAAGGAAGCUGAAGUCACCCCGGCAGAAGUUCCCAAAGAGGCUGAGGGUGUUUUAACAGAAUCCGCUGUGGAGACUGAGGCCAAAGUAGAGUCUGAGGCGGCUGCUGUUGAGAGUACCGAAAAGGAUCAGACUCUCACUGCAGAGACUGCUGCCAAGGAAGCCGAAGUUAUCCCUGCAGAAGUGGCUAAAGAGGCAGAAGUCAUCCCAGAAAAAGCUGCCAGUGAAGAAGUCAUCUCUGCUGAAGUGACCAAGGAAGCAGAAGUCAGUCCAGCUGAAGCUCCAAAGGAGACAGAAGUCACAGCAGGGGAAGUUUCCAAGGAGGCAGAGGUUGCUCCAGCAGAAGCACCCAAGGAGGCAGAACCUGUGCCUUCAGAAGACGUGAAGCUGCCUGAGACUGCUGAUGUUCCUGCUGCCAAGGAAGCCGAGUCCAGCACAGUCGAGACUGUAGUACCUGAAGCCACCAGUGAGACAGCAGCUGCUCCAACUCAAGAAUCCAAGGUUGAUGCAGAGUCCGUUGUGUCUGAGAAAUCUGAGAGUCCAGUCGCAGACACAUCAGCUCCCUCUCCCACCACCGAAGAGGCUGAGAAGCCCAAACAGAGCGGAGAUGACGGCAACAAACCUCAAGACAAGCCAACUCCAAAGAAAUGAGUUCUUUGAAUCUUUAGCCUCUUUUCACAGAUGACCUCCUGACAUUUUCUAAAUGAUCUCAGGUUAUUCAGACCCUGACAUUUUCAGGUACUUGCCUUUCGCACUUCUAUAUUGGAUGUGCUCUCACAACUCUGUUUACUCUGUACGGUUUAGGUUAGGGGGGCAGCUUGUUAGUGCAUAGAAAGAGGAAGAGGGGUCAGUAACUGCAACCAUUUCUGGGUUCUUAUCACUAAACAUGUUUCUGUAAGACUAACACAUCAGUAGAAAAUCAUAACAGCACUCUGAGGUAAGCAGUAAAGAGAUUAAAGUAGAGGCGCCCCGCUCAACGUGAACGAUGUCAUCACUCUGCACCUUUGUACAUUAUGUUCUCCUGACUUUUACCACGACUUUGCACAGAGAUUUUACAUGAGGGCUGUCAGGAAAAUGUCAGAAUAAAUUUUGUGUGAAAAAUGUGUCUGUCUGUGUUCACAUGUGACGCCUACCCGGACAGUGGCGAGGUAUUUUCAGGAGUGCAGUGCAUGUGUGAAAAGGGCUAUGAUGAAAAACUACUGUAAAUGAUACAAAGCUGUAACUCUUGAGCUGUGAGUCUAAAUCCUUCACCUCUGAUUGUCUCUGUGUGUCUGUCUCUCUGCUUGUAAAAUGAUUGCAAAGAAUGCCUAGAUGAAGAUUAUAGUGUGAUUUUGGACUGUAGAUUUGCAGGAGUCUGAGUAAAAGUACGUGUGGACCACUAAGACUA